CCAUUUGGCAAUUGACCAAAUCUCAAGGAAUGAGCCAGAAAAACAUCUUCCCCUAAAUAUAGCAUAGAACCCCCAAAAAGCAUAUACAUGUGAAUCACACAUCAAAGGGUAGCUGUUGAUACAGUUUUCUAUUAUGGACAAACACAAACAUGUAAUGACCAAUUCACAUUUUAUGUCCAUUUCCAUCUUCCAUUCCAAAAUCCUCCUCCUGGUGUUCUUGAGGGCAACACUAGAGGUAGAGGCGGAUUUCUAGCUAUUCAUGGUUGCCAUGGGAGACGGAUCAGCACGUAGGGUAAUGGUAGUGGCUGAUCCAACGAGAGAGUCUGCAGGUGCGCUCCAAUAUGCCCUAUCUCAUGCAGUUCUCGAGGAAGAUGAGUUGAUCCUUCUCCACGUGGAAAAUCCAUGUUCAUGGCGAAACACACUGUCCACGCUCCUUAAGUGGCCUAACCUACCGGUUAACUCCAUCUCUGCCUCCUCUACUAUAGGCAUGGAGGGUGGCUCGAACGAGGUUGAUUUCCUCGAUGAAAUGAGGUAUGCUUGCAAACUUGCGCAACCUAAAAUACGUGUACGUGUUGAGAGAUCACCGAUCGAAGGCAAAGAGAGGGCAUCCACCAUUCUCUCACAAGCUAAAGCUAUGGGGGUCGACAUUCUUGUCAUAGGACAACGCCGGAGUUUCUCCUCAGCCAUUUUGGGAUAUAAGCGAUCAGGAGGAUCAAUGAGAGGUAUAGACACAGCAGAAUACUUGAUUGAGAAUAGCAAUUUCACCUGUGUUGCAGUGCAGAAGAAGGGCCAAAAUGGAGGAUAUCUUCUCAACUCCAAAACUCAGAAGAACUUCUGGCUGUUAGCCUAACACGCCAACCUAACUCGGGCUUGGUUUGUUCUCAAGCUUGCGAGUCUUCUUGAGACAUCAGAUGCAGGUCAAAAUCGACUCAAGCUGGUUCACUGAUCGUAUCGUUAUGAGGUUGAUCAAGUCUACCACUUUCUCUGGUCAUAGAGUGAACCAUAUGAUGAUAUUUCUCAUUUCCAAGUACUAAACGUGUGCAUGUUUGAACACGAUUGGCUCUUAACCACUAGAAAAUGUCAUCAAAAUAUAUGCUAGCAGUAGAAAUGAGAACUUCCCUUUUCUUUUUUCUGACUUU